AUGCCGAAUGCAAAGAGCACCUCGGAGUGCGCAGGGCUGCGCGAUGUGGACAUGCGCGGCCUCCGAGUUCGCGGUUUCACCGUCGCCCAGCUGCUGCAGCAGCGGAUGCCGGAGCUGUCCGAGCACCUGGCGGAGUACCUGCGCAACGACCUCAGCCUGCUUCUGACGGAGUGGUUGCUGACGCUGUUUGCCAGCAGCGUGCCGCUGGGCCCAGUGGCCUCCUUGUGGGACCGGUUCUUCGAGGAGGGUUACGUCGCGAUCUACCGGCUAGCGCUGGCGCGGCUGAGGUGCUUGCAGCCUUGGCUGCGCGCGGAGACGGACUUCGCGAGCCUUGUGCACCUCAUCAAGGAGGCGCACGUGGAGUUCGACUGCUCCUCCGGGGAGCCGCAGCCGCUGCUGCCCGCCGGCGAGGUGCAGAAGGGCAGCGACCUCGCGGCCGUGGCGCGCAGCAAGAAGAACGGGCUCAUCACCAAGCGCUUCCGCCCGCCGGUCGGAGGGGGCCUAGGUUCCACGGGAACGUGCCGGCCGAACCUUUCUGACGGUGUGGGCACCGCUUCCUGCCUGUGAGCGCCUGCUGGGCUCGGUGCGUCGGAGGGCCCCAGCUAUCGCUCCGCAAAACUCGGGCCAGCGAAGCAUGCACGGUCCCGGCACUUUUUCCUCCACCAGUGAGGUGACACCGUCGCGAUCAGCAGCAUGGACGGGCUCCUGCAUCGGGGACGGCGCGCGGGAGUGAGAGCGAACCAGGAGAAAAGCACGCCCAAAGAGCCGUGCACGAGCAAAAGUCAGGAUCCGAGACACACACAUACACAUACACGCAGACACACAGAC